AUGACAACUAUUGAAUCAUGGUUUAUUCCUAUUGAUAUUCUCAAGAUUAUUUUUGCAGGCACUGCUAUUAUACUUAGUCUGAUCUUUUUAUUUAUUAUUAUUAUUGAUAAAACAUGUCAUACAGUUCCAAUGAUGCUCAUUGCAAAUUCAUGUUUAGUUCAAUCUGUAUUUGCACUUAAUAUGUUUGGUACGAGUUUAUUUACACUUCAAAAUGAUCUCAAACAAAUUCAAUUCUAUAAUUCAUUUUGUAUUUUUCAAGGUUACAUCACUUAUAUGAUACAAGGAAUACAAAUGAAUUCAUAUUUAUUACAAUCUAUCUAUUGCUAUAUCACUGUUGUUUAUCCAUUUCGUUUAUACUGGCAAUCAGCAAGAUUUCAAAUUUAUCUUAUUUGCUUAACAUGGAUUUGUGGUAUUAUCUAUCCUAUUCCAUUAGUAUUUACCAAUCAAAUUAUUUAUCAUGUUGAUGAUCAGAUAUGUCAAAUGCCUCUUAAUCUUUCCUUCAUAACUAUUUUCAAUGCAUCUUAUAAUUAUUUUAUUCCUUUGAGCUUAAUUACAUUGGUUUAUUUCAAAAUAGUUCGAUAUGUUAAAAAGAUGAAUAAACGUGUUACUCCAGCGAAUACAAUGAUUCGUAUAGAACGAGAAUUUCGAAUGAUUCGUCGUAUUCUUUCUCUUGUAUUUAUUUUAGUAAUACUUGGUUUUCCAUAUGCAUUAUUCAUUUUAAUGUCAUUUUUUCAUGCUACACCAAAAUAUCCUUUUCGAAUUGCAUAUAUAUUUGUGAAUGCAUCGUUGACACUUGUGAUGAUUGCUCUAUUUGAAAUUUCAGAACCAUUGAAAAUGUCUAUAAUGAAAAGAAUACACAAGGAACCGGCUAGAAUAAUACCAACCGUAGCAUAA